GACCGUUCCUUAAAACUGUCUUCUUUAGCCAUGGCAUAGAUGUCCUAAUAUAAGCCCCUGUUACAGUUGAGGACUAUGGCCCACAAGGCUGAUAAACCUAGGAGUAAAUCUGCGAAUGCAGCCAAAAAAGAAACGACGCCUGAAAAACGACCAAAAAGUAGCAAAAAGAAGAAGAUCAAAUACAUACCAGAGGAAGAAGAAUUACUCUCGUCAAAGGAAUGGCUAAAGAGAUACGGCCUGAAACCCCUGGGACUGCACCUAGAACAUCUGAUGUCGUCACACAAACACUCCUCUCAAUUCAUCAGGGUCACUGGACACCGUGUUGGAGCUAAGUAUUGCGAUGUUUUUCCUAAAGUCAAGAUUCGUGGAGAGAAAAUGCACAUGGAGCUUCACCAUCACGAGUUGGUUCAAUACGAAGAAAAUUUAGACCACGUGAUAUCGAGAUAUCUGAGACGCUGGCGUUGGCUUUUACUCGGUCCACAUCGUGUGUUCGGAACUAUUCUAGAGGAAGCAAUUGUGAUCUGUAUUGACACCAGUGGGAGUAUGAUAACUGUUAUCAAUGAGCUAAAAAGAGAGUUGUGUGCCCUUCUUUGGACAGUUAUCAAACCUAACAAGAUCAAAUUCAACAUAGUCCAGUUUGCCAGUCAGAUUACUAAAUUCAAAGAUUCAACAGUUGAUCCAGACUAUGAUACAUGUCUAGCUGCAGCUGAAUUCAUUGGAAAUAUGAUGGCUGGAGGCAACACUUGCACCCUAGAAGCUCUAACAGAAGCACUGAGCGACACAAGUGCUAAGUCAACCUACCUCGUCACUGACGGCAAACCUGACACAAGUUGUAGAGCAGUUUUAAAACAUGUCUCCUCCCUUGAGCUUGAAAAGCAACAGAAAAUCCACACAAUCUCCCUGAAUACCUCUGACGAAGAAGCUAUAUCUUUUCUCAAAACUCUCAGCAAACAAACCAAGGGCCGUUACCACGCGUGUGUGACUGGGUUUGAGGGAAACAUAAUAACCCACCAACUCCUCAGCAACAAUCUCCCCGCCUCUCUUCAAAGUGAAGAAGACAAGUCCCUCAAAAUACCCGCAUACUCCGGCGACGACUUGCGCCUGCUUUCAAAAGCCAUCGUCAAGGCACGCAAAUUCAUGGCCAACAGUCAGACUUACCGGGAUCUGAUAGCUGACCACUCCGGAGAUACUGAGAUGGUUAAUUUGAAGAUUUGCGGAAGCGAGAUGAUACCAACUGUUAAUCCGGAGGAAAUUUCGGCUUUUGGGGUGUGAAUUUUUUGGGGUUUAUUGCUAAUAUGUCGAUGUUUACUUUUGAUGAUUUAAGAUUUUGCUGUUUUUAACAUGAUGUUUACUUUUAUCAGGGUAGUGUAGCUGGCUGUCAUUUCUUUGAAAACGUGUCAUUUAUUAUUUAUUCGUUACUCAUCGGAAUUUUUGCACGUGCCUCUUUCCCAGAUUUUUUACUGGUUUUCAUUUUGCUUGUCCUGGAAUACCCUAACUCUCAUAUCAUUUACGAAAACAUUGUAGAAGAAUGCCUUUAUUUCAUUAUCUAUUGAUAACCUUUGAUAUCACUUAUUAUUGUAUUUGUAUAUAAAUAUUGAAAAGUUGUGUUGUGCGAUGUGAAAUGUUGAAAUUUUUG